UGAGCAUGCUAAAGAAAAUCUUAAUUAACGCACGUGGGCUCUUUAGGUGGAAGAUUAGAUACACACGUGGUGUUUAGGUGGAUUUACGUAUUGUAUUAAGAGAAGGAGCCUUUUGUUUUUGCUCCGGCGAAGAGAAAGACAUGUCGGUUCAUCAUCAUCAGUGUACCGAGAACCCGCCCAAUCUGGAUCCAAAUAGCGGGUCGGGUCAUGUCGAGAAACUUGGUGGUCUCGACACAUACGUCUCUGGUUCCACUCAUUCAAAGCUCGCCGUUGUUCUCGUCUCUCAUGUUUUCGGAUAUGAAACUCCACAACUGAGGAAACUUGCUGACAAGGUUACAGAAGCUGGAUUUUAUGUGUUGGUUCCUGAUUUCUUCCAUGGAGAUCCUUAUAAUCCAGCGAAUCAAGAUCGACCACUUCCUAUCUGGAUAAAAGAUCAUGAACAAGAUAAGGCUUUUGAGGACUCAAAGCCAAUAGUGGAGGCCUUGAAGAACAAAGGCAUAACUGCAAUUGGAGCAGUAGGGUUCUGUUGGGGUGCAAAAGUUGCAGUGGAACUUGCGAAACAAGAGCUUGUUGAAGCUACUGUUCUGUUACAUCCUUCUCGUGUUACAGUGGAUGAUAUCAAGGGGGUCAAGGUUCCAAUUUCUGUAUUAGGAGCUGAACUCGAUCAAGUGUCCCCUCCAGAACUUGUGAAGCAAUUCGAAGACGUUUUAGAUACUAAACCAGAGGUGAAAAGUUUUGUGAAGAUAUUCCCACGAGUCAAACAUGGUUGGACUGUAAGGUACAACGUGAAUGAUCCAUUAGAAGUUGAAGCUGCAGAGGAAGCCCACAAAGACAUGCUCGCUUGGCUUAUUGACCAUGUCAAGUGAAGUGAGAACUUGGAAUCAGUUGGUUUGGUUUGCGAGACCAUGUCAAGCUGUAAAAAAAUGUUGUGUCUAUUUUUUAAUGAAUUAGUGUAACUUGUAGGAUCUUCAAUCUUCCUCAGGUUGGUUUGGUAUGUUCUUGAGUUGUUAUUUUCUGAGAAUGUUUGUGUAUCAGAAUCAGAACUUCUGCAUCAGUUCAGUUU